AAAACAUUAUUUUGUUCAUAAAUGAAAAGGAAAGCUUUAUUUGAUCUGUUUUCUAGAUAAUAAUUUGUUAAUUUACUGUGUGAUAGAUCAGUGCAGAACAACUGUCACAGAAAAAUGUUCAUAUGAACAGAAUUUUUUAUGUGAAUUGCCAUCGUGAGAAAAGUCCUACCUUAAAAAUUAGUCUAGCAGUUUUAAAAUGUGAAUAAAUGUAACAGUUUAAAAAAAAAUGGAGGCAUUAAUACAUCCGUGUUGGAAUAGGUCUGCACUGCUGCAUAAACUAUGUCUGUAUUCAGGAUGGUCACGGAGUGCAUGUUGUCUUACACAGUCUGUACACAACGCUAGCACUGGAGGUCUGUCUUGUUCCAGGCUUCAUAGAAGCUCAGGACAUUGCAAGGAAGCCAGUUUCGGAUCACAUCAUUCAAACUUUUUUUUGACAUUAAAGAACCAUGACCUGCACAACAACAGUAAUACAGUUUUCACACAGAGAACUAUAGGAUUACAUACCUUGCCAAAAGCUUCUAUCUUUAGAAACUUUGAUUCAGAAGGAAGCUUGAAAGAUUUAUGUAGCAGAAACAAUCUGAUAUUAUCUCGAGGAUGGUCAAGGUCAUCAAGGUCAGAGAGGAAUGAUGAUGACACAGCAGAUCCUGGGAAGUUAGAACACAGAUACCUGAUGGAGAGGUUGGCAUCUGAAAAUGAUAUGUUGUCGAGAUUUCGUAACACUUAUAUCAUGACCUUGGUCAGUCUUGCUUCACUGCAGUUUGAUAUAUCACAAAUUCCGUCUGCUAUUGGUGCAGUUGCCAUAGUUACUGCAGAACUGAACCUUACAGUAGCCACAGUGAUCUAUAUCUCAAAUUUGCUCAUGUUCCGGCGAGACUGUAAACUGCUUGGAACUUCUUUCUUAGGACGUGUUUUGUUUGCUAUUGCACAUUUCGUGUUAUGGACACUUCUUCUCACCUUACUCUUUCCAGACGGCAACCAGAUUGAUGAAGAACUGAAACGUUACACUGGAGACGAUAACUGAUAAUCCAAGAAUUCCGUAAAUGUGAAUUGAUAAUCGUUGUAAAUGAAUGCUACAUUUAGUGGCAAAUUAUUUUUGCUAUUCAGUAGUACUUCUUAAAUUAGCUUCUUACCACCACUUAUUUCUUCAAGUUACGUUACAAGUAGUAAAUGUUAUCACACCAUGAAGCAGGUAGUCAGCAGUUUGAUCCCCAGUUCCUCCAACAAAAUUUACUCACAUACUUUUGGACAAGAAUAGUCUUUGGGUGCUUAACACAUGGCACACUCAAAGACCCAGGGAAACUUUUAGUAUUUGAGCUUCCCACUGAAAACCACUUUUCUAGAGGAAUCAGCAGUUUCAGUUGUUAAACCAUCAUGUGUAUUUUGCAAGGGUAAUGUAGCUGUUCAGUUUUUUUUUUCAAUAUCAACCUUUACAACAACAGAAAAUAACCUGGCCCCGUAUUCACAAAACAUUUUUCGAUCUCAGCUGAAUUUGAGUUUGAAAUUUUAAUAUCAGUUUUACGAAAACUUCAAGCUUAAAUUCCAAAUGAGACUGACCAUCAAUACCAAAUAAUCACUUUAAAAUAAUUAUUAACUGAAAAUUUGGGCUAAACAUGCUAUUUAGAUAUAAAUGAGAAAUUUUAAAGUUUCAUUAUCAAACUCUGAGCUGAGACUGAAAAUGUUUUGUGAACACGGGGCCUGUUGUCACACCUUGUAAUUACUCCAAGGACCUAUUUAUUUAACACAUGGUGUGUUCUUGCUUGUUCUGAACAAGUUGAAAAGACUGCAAUAUUUUAUUUUACGCAAUAUACUACAUUACAUUUGUACAAGUAAUAAUUUACAGGAAUUUCUUUUACGAUUUUUGUUAGUGAAAUUUUAUCUUGAAUUGUUUAGGACAAGUGUUUGUGGCAAACAGAGACUACUGUAGAUAACUUUUAUUUUGUUAUUUAGUAGCAGCCUUGUUCAUAUUAUUAAGAAUUAAAAAUUCAUGACUCGUUAUGUUGUUUGACAGAAUGUUGAUAAAAUAUUCAUGGCAGAUUGUGAACUGUUUUUGUUUUGUUUAUUGAUUUAUCACAAGCACAAUAUAUACAUGUAUUAUAUAUAAAGCAUAAUAUCUA